CUCUAUAUAAAUAUAGAAUGUUAGCUAUAGUUUUGUCAAUAACAACAUUAUUUGAUCCUUCUUGUUAAAGAUACAUAUAGUACACAAGCUAGCUUCUCAUCAAGAAAACAAGAUAUGGUUUCAAUUACAAAAAUGGAAGUUGAAUUGGACAUUAAGUCCUCUGCUGAAAGGUUCUAUCAAACGUGUUACAGUAAACAUUACCUAGUAAACAGAAUAAGCCCUGACGUGGCAAAGGACGUUCAGCUGCUUAAGGGUGAUUGGGAGUCUGUGGGUUCGAUCAGACUAUGUACUUAUGUUUUACCAGGCAAUUCGUUUAGGCAGAAUGAUACUUUGAUGGUUGAAGCCACAGAUGAGGAUGAAAAAUCAAUCACUUACAAGGUCUUGGAUGGGGAAGUAUUGAAAUACUAUAAGAGUUUCAAAUUUUCAGUUCAAGUGACCGGAAAGUGUUGGCCAGCUGGCGGGGCAGGUGGAUCUUUAGUCAAAACGACUAUAGAGUGCGAGAAAUUAAAGGAUGACGUGCCCGAUCCGAUUAAAUACGCAGAAUUUUUUGAAAUUGUUUUAAAAGAUAUUGACACUUAUCUUAUCAAUAAUGCAUAACUUACGCGCUCAAAUAAAAUAGAGGCGCCUUUAAUUUGUGUGGUUAAUAUGCAGUACGUACUACGUACCAUGCAUUAGUAUCUCUACAAAUAAAGGGGUUGGAAGUUUAGAAUAAAGUGUUAUGUUUCCUUGCUAUAUUGGAUGUGAUGUUUCUGCACUUUGGCAUAAAUUAUAGCUUAAAAGUUGUUAUAAAGUAUUAUAUACUUGACUUUUGUUA